UUAACCGGUAGAAUGUUGAGUAAACCGGAAUAAAGACUUGGAGAGUGUCAUUUUUGUUUUUUGUAAAGCUUAUCAUCGUCUUUGUGGGAACCAUGGCAGAGAGAUGGAUGAACACGGCUCUACUCGUUAUCGAUAUGCAGAAUGAUUUCAUAGAGGAAGGUUCUGUGAUGCAAGUGAAAGGCGGAAAAGCCAUAGUUCCUAAUGUUAUCAGAGUUGUCGAACUCGCGCGGCAGCGUGGCAUUCUCGUGGUUUGGGUUGUGAGAGAACACGAUCCUAAAGGAAGAGAUGUUGAGAUAUUCAGGCGUCAUCACUACAGUUCUGAGAAAGUUGGCCCAACCGUUAAAGGAACCAUAGGUGCAAAGCUAGUAGAUGGACUGAACAUCAGAGAAGAAGAAGACUAUAAGAUAGUGAAAACUCGUUUCAGCGCGUUCUUCGGCACACAUCUUCAUUCCUUCCUUCAAACUUCAGGGGUUACCAAGUUAGUCAUCGCUGGUGUUCAAACUCCUAAUUGUAUCAGGCAAACGGUAUUUGAUGCAGUGGAGCUGGACUAUCCAGAUGUUACUGUUAUUGUGGAUGCCACAGCUGCUGCAACACCAGAGAUUCAUUCUGCGAAUAUUAUGGACAUGAAGAAUAUCGGCGUCAAGACUCCUACGUUACACGAGUGGUCUGAAGAAUUUGCUUGAGGAUGACAGUAUAUAUCAUCCCUUCUUCUAUCUUCUUCCACCUCUUUUUCUUAUCUUUCGUAUAUUUGUAAUUGCAGGUUGAAUAAAAAAUAAAGUAAAGAUGUAUGGCCUUUACAUAAAAUGUUGUUUUUUCUGUUUCACAAAUAGUGCUAUUUUGAAAAUUUCACA